UGUUAUCCUCUGCUUGGUUCCCAGCUGAAGAAAGAAUUACAGCAACAUCGGUAGCUCAGGUGUUUAACGGACUUGGAACAGGAAUGUCAUUUUUACUGGCAAGUCAGAUAGUUACUCCUAUAGAUGUUUAUAGAAACAAGACACAUGGAAUACCUCCAGCGAUUGUGGAUGAAAUGAAGCUAGAUAUACAAUUGUACAUGUACGCACAGGCUAUUCCUGCCGGCCUGUUUUUUAUCCUCGCCGUUAUUUACUUUCCAUCCACACCCCAGCACCCUCCCAGUGUUAGGAAAACAUUUAUUUAAUCAAAACAACU